GCAGUGCCCUCCCCAGCUCCUCCCUCUUCUGCCCUGCGCUUUGCUUCUGCAUAUCCUGGCAAACAGCCCAACCCUCCCAUUUCCCUCUCCCAAUCCACAAUUCCCACUGCCCUCCUCCUCUGCACAUCUCACUCCUCCCCACUGAAUCCUUCCCACUGCAGGGAGCUGCUGAGGAGCCACAUGGACCAUCUCUGGAUUCACCAAGCACUCACUGCCCCUCCACUCUGACCACAGCCAGGGCCACAUCCCACUGCCUGACCAGCGUCCAUCCAUGCAGGUGACCAACGUGUCCCUAUCUCCUGCCUCACCCACUGAAGGAGAUGAUCUGUGUAAGACAGAUGUCACCAGCGUGGCCAUACACAGUGUGACACUGCUCAUCUGCCUCUGUGGGCUGGCUGGGAACGGGGCUGUGCUCUGGCUCCUUGGGUCCCACUGUUUGUCCAGGAACAGCACCAUCCUUUACAUCCUUGUCCUGACUUUUUUGGACUUCCUCCUCCUCCUCUUUGUGUUGCCCUCCACUCUGCUCUUCCUGCUGGAGAAUGUGUCCUGCUCUAUCAUCAUGCCCUUGCAGUACAUGGGGUUGCUUUUCAGGGUGUCAGCGGUGUCACACAGCGUGUGGCUGUGCACACUGACAUUCAUCAGCAUCAAGAGGUGCAGGUCCACCCACUGCCCACUCUGGCACUGCUGCCACCAUCCCCAGCACCUGUUGAAGGAGAUGCAUGCCCUGCUCGGGGCCGUCUUCAUCACUUUUAUCAUAGUCAUUGCCAUAAUAUUUUCUCCAUGCAUUGUCCUGCUAUCUGAGCACUGCUGGGUUUUUUACAUCUCCAUGCAUACCUUCAACCUCCUCCUCUGUGCUCCCUUCAUGCUCAUUUCCAGCAAAAUUGUCUCCACUCAUUUCAAGCCUGGCUCCCAUCAGCAGCAACCCAAGAGACUCGACAUUGUUAUCUGCCUCAUUGUGCUCUUCACUCUGCCCCUCAGUCUCUGCAAUCUCCUGCAGGAACUCAGCUACACCAUUGUGUCCUCCCAGGUUCUUUUCCUGCUCGCCUGCAUCCACAGAAGCAUCAACCCCAUCAUUUGCUUCUUGGUGGGGAGGUGUUGGAAGCCUUGCUCUGUGGGGUCUCUCUGGCUCUCCCUCAGGAGGGUCUUUGAGGAGCCAGAAGAAAACACUGCCUCUGGAAAUGAUCCGCUCAUGGACACCGGGGUCUGAGCCUCUUGAUCCCUUUCAAUGCACUGCUGAAGUACCCUGGGACAGUGGCUGAGAGAUGCCUUGAGUCUCCUGAUCAAUAAAUACCCACAGGAUCACCCUCCCUGUGCUGCUGCAUCCCCAGCCCCUUUCCAGGCCUCUCUGGGCUGUGAUCCCUGCUUGGGAGGCCUCAGCCUUGAGGAGCAGCCCCUGGGCUCAGCUCCUGUGGCGCUGAUCAGAAACACCCUCUGCUCCCAGCAACUGCUGCUGUCCAACCACCUCCUGGGCUUUUAUCAACAGCCUUGGAAAUUAUUGUACUGCCCUGGAUGCCACAGCAUCCCUGCUCUGCCACUGUCCCAGGAAGCUGCCGGCCCCAAGUGUGGCCAGGCUGAACCAUUGCUGUGAGUGCCGCCCAUGCCUUGGGGCCCUGUGAGCAGCGGCCCCAAAGGAGAGCCUUGGAGCUCUGCUGGGCCCAGCAGCGCUGAGCAGAAGCUCCCUGGCACUGGGGCCUCUCCCAGCUGGGAUCUCUCCCGGCUGCUGCCCUGGGCUGAUCCCCGAAGGCCCACGGCUCCUGGGCCCAUCCCCCCAGGGCUGCAGGCCCAGCCCUGGGCCCAGGGAGGAGAUGCAAAGGGAUCCGCAGGGAGCAUUUCACUGCCUGCCAGGGCAAUUGCUCACAGGCACCUUGCACUCACUCUGCCUAGCUGGCUGGCUGUGUGCACACACGUCUGCCUCUGCUCUGGCAAAUGGGGCAGAAAUGCUGCUCUCUCAGCUGUGUUAGUACCUGAGACAUCUCACUGGGGCAGGCCUGGAAGCAAGCUUAAGGCAUGAGAUGCCAUUCCAGCUAAAUGUUUUUCAUGUCCUUUCUUUGCUAAAUUGUUUAUUUUCAUGUACAAAAGCAGGAAUGGCUGGGGGAAGCACAGACACUGCUCAUGGUCCUGGGUGGAGCAGGGUAGGAGCGGGGCUGUCACAGGGAAAAAGACGGAGCCAGGGAGGGUCUGGAAGUUCUCAGAGGGGUCCAGAAGGGUAAGAGGGUUCUGUAAGUGUCUGGAGGAGGUCAGGAAGGGUCUGGAUGCUGCUGAUAGCAAAUGUCCCAAUUGGAGGGCAGCAGAGCCUCAUGGGCAACGC